GUCUUUUUUGACUAUCUGAAUUGAAAAAAAUUAUUAUUAUUAUUUUUCUGUAACUAGUAAAAGGCGUCGAGGAUUAGAAGGUGAGGAGCUUGGACCAAAGAUGGAACCUGCGAUCCUAUCAGUUGAGGGUAGAGGGUUUAAUGUACAAAUUCAUUUUGCUGAGGUGCCCGUUUCGGACUAUGUUCAGGCUGUUGUUUCAACAGUAUUGUCAAUUCAUAAUCAAGAACCCAUGGGUGAUAUUCUGGUAUUUCUCACUGGUCAAGAUGAUAUUGAUACUGCUGUCAAGUUGCUUAAUGAGGAAGCUCAAAGUAAUGGAAAGAAAUCUUCAGGAUUAAUUGUUUUGCCUCUGUACUCGGGACUCUCAUGUGCGGAGCAGGAGUUGAUUUUUACUCCAACUCCUAGAGGGAAAAGGAAAGUAGUGAUAUCAACAAAUAUAGCAGAGACAUCGUUAACUUUGGAGGUAACAUCUCUGCCCUCUAGAGGAACCACCUUCAAUAUUUCCCUCUUGACUUGCGUAGAAUCAAGGAUUAUAGUGACAGUUCUCAAGUUCAAGGUUUCUAAUCCUUUCCUCCAAAGUUCUUCUAGUGGAAUCAGCCACUGCCAUUCGACUCACCUAAAAGUCAACAAAGUCAAAUGUUAGGUUCAUUAUCAAGAAAAGUUCAAGCAAAAGACACUCAAGAAGUAUCAUCACAUACCUAGCACGCCUCAUUGAUCACA